GAGGAAUGGAUGGAGACUUGGGUUGACGCACGCAUGCGUAAACAUGACCUGGUUUACAGAGCCACGCUUGCAGUUUCGUUAUUUCUAAGACUCUGUCAACACAUACAGGCUGGUGCUCACACAGUGUCUGGAGGACUGGUUCCCACUCAGGAAGGACAGUCACAGCCUCCCUCCCUCCCACGCCCGCACCGGCCUCUCCCCGCUGUUCCCGGUAGACUCCUCGGAUCCACCGACAGUGUGAAGGUCCUUUUGGUGGCUGUUUUUUGAUCUCCUCUUCCUUGUUUCCACUGUGUUUGGAUUAUUAUUUUUUUCCCCCCACACCUUUUUCCGCUUUUUGAUCCCAGACAGCGUGCCGAUUUUGUUUUCCCACUGACUCUCUCAGGGCAAUUGAAGGAGUUUGACGCGCUUCCAGCUGGAAUAAACGCGCAGACGCUCGAGGACAAGAUGACUGUUAAUGCGGUGUUUUGGGGCUUUUUUGGCACUGCCAUGUUAAUGGUAUUCCACAGCGAAGCUGAUCAUCGCCUUCCAGCACUCAAAAACCUGUCGUACACGUGGGUCGACCCGUUUACCUUAAACCUGUCCUGGUCCUGGGACAAGCCCAAGCAUCUGCCGGACAGCUGUACAAUCAAUUAUGAAAUACACUAUCCAGACAAAAGUGAAGUGGUACGCACACCUAAUCAUCAUUACGAAAUCUCUUUUCUAACGGAACAACUGGAGUCGAAUGAGGGAAACUUUAGCAUUCAUGCAUUGACAGAGUUAUUGGCAGAGUCCUGCGCUGGUUGGAAAAAGAGCGAAUCUGAGAAUAUAUCCAUCGGUACACAAAAGCCAAUCGUUGAGGUGGUGAAAGACUUCAAAUGCUCCAUUGCGUCCAGUCAGACAAACUGCUCCUGGGAGCCCGUGAGUCCAUCUGUUGACCUGAAGAUCUCCUAUAGGAUUUGUGGAAUAAGGGAAGAAAACAGCUUAAAAAAGUGUCAUCAGUUCUACAGGGAUGGAAUAAGGACUGGAUGUUUGCUGCAAAAUGAUGGUCAGGAAAACAACAUCUGUGUGCUUGCUGAGAAUGCAGCUGGACUGCAAACCUUUCAAGCUAAACGUGUGAUUCCUUUGCCAAAGCUGAACAUCAGAAAAGAUGAAGACUAUCUCAACCUGGAAUGGACAUCUCCAGAUAUUGGGAAAGCUUGUCAGUUGAAGUAUGUGGUCUGCUACAGCGAAUGCAACAGGGACAAAGGCUGCUUGGAAUACCGUUCAGUCUUAAACACCCUAAAACAUGGGCCUUUGCCGAUUCUCUACAAUAAAAACUGCCGUUACGAGUUUAAAUUCAAUGCCACGCUGGAGAAAUAUUGCCCGACAAUACCCAGUGACGGCAUUGCAGUUGAAUGUUACGGUAAUAACACAGACAGUAUUCAGCCGUCCGAUGGAACGCUGACUGUGGUCGCCAUCGUCAUCCCUGUUAUUCUGUCUGUCGGCGUCAUUCUGUCCUGCUACUGCUUCAGGAGGCACAGAGCCAUACUUUGUCCCACCAUGCCCGACCCCUCAACCAUAUUCAAGGAGAUGAUGAACGGAAACAAAGAACAGAAGACCAUAUCAGAGAGUCUGUAUACGCCGGUGCCAGAACCCAUCGAACCCAUCACAAUUACCCCUGUAUCUGAAAACAGCAUCUUCCAGCAAAAGUCCUGAUGUGUAACUACACAGUAACGCCUUCAGGGCAACGGGCUUCUAUUCUGGGCAUCUGGAACAUUUACAGUCACUGAAAAGCUUCGUUUCAUUGUCCUCUCCCAGUUGAAAGUUUCAAGUCUUUUGUACCGACACACUAGAUAUCAAACACAAGAGUUGCCGGUGAUGAAGCACCGAAUCUAUGGAUAGAUUGGACCGGCUGAUGCUGUAUUUACUGGAAACUGUUCUACCAGUAGCAGGAGCUGGUGGGUUCCCACGCAUCUGCUGUGUGAUUUAAACAGGAAAAGGGACUGUAUGUAACGAUGGACCGACCCGUAUCAUGAUCAGGUUUUCUGAACAGCGGUUUUGAAGCUCACUAUGGUCAGUAUCGUUGCGGUGCCGGACUCCUCCUGACUCCUGGAAGAUGCAAAAAUGCAUAAAGAGCAGGAGUGGAGAUGGGAUGGACCAUGAAAACAUACAGGAGUUAUGGACCACUCUUAAUUAUGUAUAAGUUUAAUACAAAAUACAGGUGAUUUUAAGAAAAGUUCAACCCUCGUGCAGUCGUCACGAAACCACAGAGGUUACAAUCAUGUUUCUUUCUGCUGUAAAGUUUGGACAUGUGGGUCUAUGAGGAUACACUAGAGCAAGUCGCACUUCAUUUUAAGCCCCGGAGGUUGACGCUUGAACGAAUCUAACAAAAGAGGAAUUUAAAAAAAAAGAGACUUAUGUUUUGGCACAGCGUGAGCCUUGUUUGUGUGUUUGACAAGCAAACGCCAGUGUGACCGACAUCCUGGCAGCUACACAAAAGACAGGAAGCAAUAAUCCCAGCGAACACUUCAUAGCGCUAACAGCGAUCCUGUGACUGUACAGGAAGCCAAGGGCUGCUGCUGCUGCUUCACCUCCACUGACCUCCGCAUAUUUACUCACCUCCAAAUGAGGAAAACAUGGGUGUCUCCAAGGUGACCAGUGCGCUUCAUUAAGGGCUGAGUGUUCUUUUCUGCGGCAAAGUCCUGAAACAACCUCCCUUUGUUUACCCUGUUAAGCUACUAUGCAUGUCGAAAUGGAUUCCACCUCGCUGUCAGUCUGGACACACACUGACCUGCAUGAACACCACGUCUAGCAUAUUUUGGAAGAGUUUUCUUUCGAUGUUUAAUGAAAACCUGACCGGAAGCGUUUUCAACCUUUCAACUUUUUGGAAAGGGAGCAGUGAUGAGAAUUGUGCACACAACUGAGCAUAUAUUAAACUGAUCAGUUGAUUUUUGUGUAA